AUGGAGACGGAGACGAAUAGCAAGGAGCUAGGGCUGAAACACCUAGGGUUUGUGAGAAUCGCGGCGAUCCAUUUUCUGGCUAGCGUCUCGAAUCUCUACGACUACGCGAAGCAAAACUCCGGUCCUCUUAAAUCCGCCGUCGGAAAGGUGGAAGGAGCCGUCACCGCCGCCGUCAUCCCUGUCUACAACAAGUUCAAGGAUGUUCCUGAUACUCUCCUCGUCUUUCUCGAUCAUAAGGUUGGUGAAGCCUCGUGCAAGUUUGAUAAGCAUGCGCCUCCAAUGGCUAAGCAAGUGGUGACUCAAGCGAAUCUAUUGAUCAACAAGGCAACAGAGAAGGCUCAAAGCUUUGUGAAAGAGGCUCGUACCGGUGGUCCCAAAGCUGCCUUUAACUUUGCUGCAACCGAGUACAAGUACUUCCUUGUGACCAACUCAGUCAAGGUCUGGUCUAAACUCAACCAGUACAAACCAAUCCAUGCAGUGGGAGCCAAAGCUUUGCCCGUGGCUGCAAACUUGUCCGGAAUCUACAACGACUUGGUGACGGAUAUGACUCAGAUGGGUUACCCUGUGGUUGGUUAUCUUCCGUUGGUCCCUGUUGAUGACUUUGUUAAGGCGUAUCAAAAGGAGGACGCAGCGCCAAAGAAAGGAGAUGAUACUACUGCUACUACCACUACGACUUCUACUGAUGAAAAGAAGUCUGAUUCGGAUUCAGAUUAA